CCGGAUGUGGGAGGGAGGGGUGCGGCGCGUCGGGAAGCGCCGGGAAAGAGGCCUGUGGAGCUCCGAGGGACUCCUGGCCUCAUGGAGGCCAAGAUUAAGGCUCGAGACCUUCGCGGCAAGAAGAAGGAGGAGCUGCUGAAACAGCUGGAGGACCUGAAAGUGGAGCUGUCCCAGCUACGCGUGGCUAAAGUAACAGGCGGCGCGGCUUCCAAACUCUCCAAGAUCCGUGUUGUUCGCAAAUCCAUCGCCCGUGUACUCACCGUCAUUAACCAGACUCAGAAAGAGAACCUCAGGAAAUUCUAUAAGGGCAAGAAGUACAAGCCCCUGGAUCUGCGGCCCAAGAAAACGCGUGCCAUGCGCCGCCGGCUCAACAAACACGAAGAGAACCUGAAGACCAAGAAGCAGCAGCGGAAGGAGCGGCUGUACCCACUCCGGAAGUACGCGGUCAAGGCCUGAGCAUCCAGGUGUCAAUAAAACAAACAAACUGGC